AUGAAAGUAAAAAUAAUAAAAUCAACUCUACUUUUAAAAGAAAAGGAACAAGAAGCCCGAAUCGCUAAACAAAAAGCGGGAUUUUUUGCUCGCAAACGUGCUGAAAUAUGGAAUAUUGUCGGAGAGAAAGUGAUAGAAAAAUUAGGCAAAGAAGAAAACGACGACAAAAAUAUAAAAAAUAUCACUAAUCGAAAACAAACCGGUCAAGCCGUAAGCAAGAUUUUGAAAAAACUCAAAAGAGAAAUCAAAAUUGGUAGUUCUGGAAAAGAAUUGGAUAAGUUGGCUCGGCAAAUAAUGGAAGAAGAAAAAGUUAAGUCGUCGAGUUUGGGUUAUAAUGGUUUUCCGGCGGCAAUUUGCGUUUCUCUUAACCAAGAGUUAACUCAUGGUAUACCAGAUGAAAGAAUUUUCAAAAAUGGCGAUUUGGUUUCGAUUGAUGUGGCCUGUAACUAUCAAGGUUAUCAUGCCGAUGCCGCUUUAACUGCGAUUGUAGGGGAGGGAGACGAAAAAAAACAGAAUUUAUUGAAAAUCACCAAAGAUAGUUUAUAUUACGUUAUUCAAAAAAUCAAGCCUAAUAUUACCACUACCCAAGAUAUUGGUGAAAUGCUAGAAAAAUACCUCAAAGUUCGCCAGGGCUAUUAUUCCUAUUACCCAAUUAAAGAAUAUGGAGGACACGGAAUUGGGGAAAAUCUGCACCAAACCCCCUUUGUUCCUAAUUAUAAAACGGUUGAUAGAGUAGAAGUUAUUAAGGAAGGAAUGUUUAUUUGUAUUGAACCCUUGGUCCAACUUGGGGAUGGUCAAAUCACUGAAUUAAUGAUUCCUCCGAGUAAUUGA